CCACGGCGUUCGCCUGCGGCGAAUGGGCGGCGGUGGUGGGGCAGCCGCGGGCCCUGCCUGCCGGGCGCCUCGUCAGCGGAAGGAGGAAGCGUCAUGGCCGAGGCCUGGGCUGGCUUCUCGCAGGAGGAGCUGCGGCGCCUACGGGCCCAGCGCCCAGAUUUGUAUGAACCCUCAGAGCAGCAGCAUCACCCCCACACUACAAAUAAGAGUAGGAAGCAAUCCCUGCGAGAAAAAGCUCUCCAGCAGCAAUGUCGGAAGCUAGGACUGCAGGGUGGAGCAGCUUCUGUGCCUCCUGAGCAGUUACUUUCUGUACCAAAACACAAACCUUGUCAUCCUCAGCAACUUGUGCCACCACCUCACCCUCCUUCAGCAGGAGAUCAAAGGCAAAAUGACAACCAAGACCAGCAGAAGGAAGUGACACCGGUAGAUCCCUGUAAUGGCAGUGACAGUGUCCAGACCCACCCUGCAAAGCCCAGCUCCAAAGUGGAAAAAAAGAAAGUGGAAUUGCAGGAAAAGUCUCGAUGGGAAAUCCUUCAGCAAGAACAACGGCUGAUAGAAGAGAAGAAUAAACGGAAGAAGGCACUCCUGGCCAAAGCUAUUGCUGAGAGAUCUAAAAGAACUCAAGCUGAAACAGUGAAACUGAAAAGGAUUCAGAAGGAGUUACAAGCUCUGGAUGACAUGGUGUCUGCUGACAUUGGCAUCCUGCGGAACCGCAUUGAUCAGGCCAGCUUGGACUACUCCUAUGCCCGGCUUUGCGGUUAUCCAUAUUCACCAUUACACCUUAAAUGCUUGCACUCAGAAAUCUUUGCUUUCACCUACUGUGUCUGUGACCCCAGAGGUGGCUGUUUUGAGUUGAUCACCUCUAGAGAGGUGCCAGAUGAUAACCCAUCUGGGCAUUCCUGGAGAGAACCAGAGGGAGACUUCCUCAUGAGGGUGAGUGCUGGGGAAGGCAUUUGGGAUGGCUGCAAUCCACAAACACAUCAAACGUGCAAAUGGCUUUUAUCAAGAGGCAGUAAAACUUUAAUCCAAAGUCCACUUUAAUGUAUUUGCCACAUAUUUGAAAGGGAGCUGAUUUCAGAAGUGCUUUUGAGUGUUUUAAAAAUUCUCCUGGACCUUUGUCUUAUAACUCUCUCCACUCUGGAAUCCUGAUGCUCUUGUUUCUGAGGUCCCAGAUGUUUGGGACUCGUGACUAUGGGGAGAGUGAGAAUUGAAACCAUUUCUAAACCUCUUCUGAAACAGGGGCACAAAUAACGUUUUUCCUAGCUCUAAACCCCUGUAAAACUGCGAUUUUUUUAUUUAUUUUUUUUUUUAACCACAGAUCACACUUGCAGCAAAUACCACCUCCUCAGGCAGAAAGUGAGGCAUCUUCCCAUUCAUUUGUCAAAAAUCCCUCAUUUCCAGCUCAGUAAGGCUGCGAGACACUGGCCCUUUAGUAUCUGGGGUGCUUGCCUCUAGUGUGGAGUUUUAGGCCAGUCCUGUUUUGCUGGAAGAAAUCUAAAGUUAGUGUGGAAAACGGGAGCAAUUCCCUGGCAAGAUCACAGGAACUGUAGAAUUUCUCAUUUUCUUUCUUUUUUUCUUUUUCUUUAGGAGAGUCAAAACAUCGCUGCUUUCAUUUGGAAAGGGCAAGUGACUUUCCCAUGCCGUAAUACCCAGCAAGUGUUGAGAGAAUGUGGUUACAUAAAACCAUAUUUUUAAUGCAACCGACAGACUGUCUUGAGAGCUAAGUGGUUUUUGACAGUUUUUAUGCACCUGCUAAUUCAAAGCUCUUAACAUGUGCCAGUUAAAAAGAGCCAGGCACUAAAACAUCCACCCUGUGGACGGCAGGGGCUCAGCUGCACACCAGAGCACAGAGAAUCCAUGCAAGGUAGAAACUCGGCUUCUUUUACAGGACUGACUGGUACACAGCUAACUCAACUCAGAGCUUUUGUUUCCUGGUCCUGCUUGGCCUUGAAGAUUCCUGCUUCUGCUUUGCACCUAUAGAAUGGCUGAUAUUUCUUUGGGUUUAUUCUGUUUGCUUUUCCCAGUUAUAGCAGUUAUCAGAAAGAAAAGGUGCUAAACAUCCUGUCAGGACUAUAUCCUUAAAAGGGAUGUACUGACAAUACCUCCCCAGGCUCCUCUACUAUCCGUGUUUUCUGGAUAGUGAGAUUGCUUCUCAUAAUCAGUGCUGAGACAGGCAUUGGCAAAGCCCAGAUGGAAACCGGACACAAUUCUCCAGUGUGUCUGCUCAGGUAUUGCCUCUGCAGUCACUGCAUGCUCAGAGGAGGUACGUGGUCUGUUUAGACACAGCCUUGCUGUCAGUAACAUAAAGUAAGGCCUGGAAGUCCUCCUCUUCUAAAAUUUUCCUUCCCAUCCACCCCUUCAGUAAACUCUUAAUUUAGAGAUUUUCUCAGGAUCACUUUAAACCUCUCACAAUGACAUCUUCCUUUUUCCUUCCUAGGGCAUUCUCCCCGUGCCCUAUCUGCUUGCAUCCCAUCUCCACAGAGUUUUGGCUGGUUGUCCACACUGUCACCUGAUGGCCUCAUCCCUGUAGAGAAAAUCUUGGAAACUCAGCACCAUCUAAUAUUAAAAAAAAAAAAAACAAAAAAAAACCAAACUGAAGGCAGAUACAACAAAUUCAAGAAAGCUUGAGAAUUUUAAAUAUUUGCAUUCGCUGACACAGGAGUUUCUGUGGAAGAAAUGACCAGCUAACCCUGAAACAAGAGGCCAGUCGAUUUUUGUGCAAGCCCAAGGCAGUUACGACUGCGCAUUUGGGAUGUGUUUCCAUGUAAGCUGGGGGAUAGCAUGCCACUGCCACUUUCCUGCUGUAUAAACUUAAUCAAGUUUAGUCAGCCCUCACCUGAUAAUUGAAUUGCUUUCAGGAGAUGGGGCUGUAGCACUUCUAGACCCUUCCUUGAUCUCAGGGCCAAGAGGCAUGAUAACAGUCUGUAGUGUUGGACUCAGAAGAAUUGCAACACAGCAGAGGUUUGUGAAGUCCAGGGACAGUUGUCCCAUAGGGUUGGGGAUAAGGGUUGGAGAGGGAGGGAAGAUUGCCCGGGUUUCAUUUGCAUGGCUGGCCUAUUGAGGUGUCUAAGGUAAGCUGUGGCAUACAUUCUGAGGUGGAGGUGAAUCCAGCACUGCUGCCUUACCUGGAUUACAAGCAGGCAGCAGGUUUGCCUGUGGCAAUGGAGGAACCAGGUGGUGGCUCUCAACCCAGCUGAAGGGGAACGUUCUCUCAGAGGACACAAGAACAUAUAUUUGGAUGACAAGUGUGCCUCAGUACAUCCUGCAUGUUGGGCCCUAUCUAAGGAGAUCACUGCAAGAUGCUCAGUGGAGCUGAUGGGACAUGGAGGGCAUGUGUGAUGUCUGUAGCUGAAGGUGGAGAAAGCCUUGCUAGGGCCUAACCUUGGGCACAGCAGGUGUGCUGGAUUUGCAUGCUACAUGAUGUAGAGCCCCAGGUUAGUGGGGACCUGCCUCUAAUCACAGCUUCACUAACCUGGACAGUUGGCCCUGAGUGAGGUCUAGUGUCAAGAGCAGAUCAAGGGCUGCUUGUCUCAUACACUGUGCAGAGCUGAGGGGUGGGACUCUGCUGCUGGGUGGUUUUCUGUAGUGGUGCUGAAUAUCAAUGUUCUUUCUUGCAUCUCUGCUAAGAGGCAUAAACCUCAUUCCUUACAGGCUCCAUUUUUAAGCCUGAUUGUGGAGAGAAAACUCAUCAUUAAUAACCUGUCAGGAUGGUAUUAGUAUCUCUGAAUGCUGCAUUUGAGCUUGAACUGACAGGAAGGUUUUUUUAAGAGGGAAACGCUAGAUGAAGGCUUGUCAGGGCAAUAGAUGGGGCUAGGAUUCCACAUCAUUAACACUCAGUCUGUGUAUUGCAAAAUCACCUGGCAGGACAAAUAAGAUCCAGGUCAGGUGUGUGUACACUGUUACUUUGCGUUGAAUUAGCUAGAACAUGCUAUAUAGUGUUUAUAUUGGCUUCAUGUUUUAUAUUGGCUCCAGGAAGACAUAUGAUACCUCAUUUGGCAUGAAUUCUGUUGGACUAAAGUUGCCCCAUAACAAUUCAGAGGAUAAAUUUGACUAGGCAGAGUGGUAUACACUGCAUCAGUUUUGCUGUAUGGGGUCACAGCAGUUUUAAUCCGGUCCUGGGUACCCUCAAAAAAAAACUUUUUAUCUCAGGACUGCUUAACCAUCCAGAUACCUGUGAUGCUCAUGGGGGAUGUUUCCUUGAAGAAAUGUGAGCUCUGCUCCUGCUGAAAGGUUAGUGUUAUUUCUUAGAUUGCUUCUUUAGUAGCUUCUGUGUGUGGACUUGACCUGUAGACUAUGAGUUUUCAGGGUGCAACUUCCGAGCAAGACUAAACUGCAGGUGGGCCGACCUGUUCUGAAAUGACAAAAGGGGAAAGGAUCUCAAAAUGUCCUGUAACUCAUAGCCACAACCUAGUCCACCCUGUCUGUACUGGCAGAGAAUUGUCCAAUAGUUUCUGCAUCCUGCAGUGAUGGAGAAUCUGUCUGUCACCCAUAGAUUACUCCAAGGUCUAACUGGAAACUACACAGCUGCAGUUUAAACUUGGGUAUUCUUGCCCCAUUAACUGUGUUCGAAGAGAAUGUUUUUUCCAAUUCCCAAUGCACAACUCUUCCUGUGUUACUCUUUAAAGCAUUUGCACAGCGGGCUCUGCAGUGAGACAGGGAGUGAAAUAUGUAUGGUGGGAAGCAUCCAAAAGUUGCUCAGAUCUGCAUUGAGUUUCCAACACUAAUCGAGCCAUCUGUGACUCAUCGUCAUGCUUGUGCAUCAACUCAUGUAGAUAUCCUCAGAGCAAGCAAAGCACUGGAUCACUGCUUGCUCGCAUGGACAACGGUACCGUGUUUCAUGGUUGCUGUCCUCGUGAGGGCACAGGGCUAUGAUGUAAUAUAAGUUCAUAAGAAAAGUAUGGUAGGGGGGUUAUUUGCUGCUAUAUUCAAACUCAGAAACAUGCUCGAUUUGCAACUACAAGAAAAUGAUACGAGUCAUAAUUCUAGCUGAGAGCCUAACUACUUUUGAAAACAUGUUGUCUCUCUUUCCAUCUGAUUUAAAUUUAAGAACCACUUCAUGUCCUAAAACUGAAUGAUUUUAUCACCUCUUCACCAGCCAGAGUAUGUGAUGACAGAUUUUUUGAUCAAACUAAAGAAUAAGUUUGCUGAGAGAUCUCCCAGUUUUUACCCAUCUGAAAAGCCCAGAUGUUUCCUUAGAAUCUCCUCAUCCUUUCCCUACAAAGGUGGGUUGCUCUGAGUGCAAAACAGCUUUCUAGGCUGGAGAGAAAAGGGAGGCUGAAAUACAGCCUCCGGGUCAAGCUUGAAGGUAGAAGUUGCUUUCAUUAAGCUCAAAGAAGAUGUGUAAAUUACUUAACUUUUUACAGUGUGCUAACUUCUUAAGUUAGAAGUAUUGUUCAUGGGGUAAAAUGUGCAAACUUCAUUUAGGAUACUAGAUCAGUUAUAUUAAUUAUAUUGCUUAAAAAUGUGUAGAGUGAAAUAAAAUAAGCCUUUUUUCUGGUAUGCUCUUUUUAGAGAACUUCCUGAAAAGCCGAACUUCCCCGGAUCAGUGACUGCACCAUCUUACAGCCAAAAAGCACUUGGCAGAAAGGUGAUGCAAAUGUGACCCUAAACAUCAGAAGGCAGCAAAGCACUUGAAUGCUGAUGCACUCUUCCCAGCUGCUGUUGACAGAUUAAUUUCCAGGGCAGAUGGAAUAGCUGAUCUAUCUUGGAAAUGGUUUUCCUUUCCACAGCCACAUGCAGUAAUGAAAACAGCAAUUUCCAGUGGUACUUUCUGCCCAAGAGUAGAUCUGUGGUGGACUUCACAUCCCCUCACUUAAAGCAUCUCUCAAUCCAAACCGGACAGCUUGUUUCCCUCUAAAAUCAAGUGGCAUAUUUGGAGUAUGGCUUGUCCUAAGGAUCUUGGGCUGGAAUUUCUCACCAUCGGCUAUAGAGGGAGUUGUGAUGAGUGGCUUCAGCACUAUAGGAAUUGCCCAGUUUAGAAGGAAAUUGAGUAGCCAGACCUGCAGGGAGAGCUGUACUGAUCUACUCCUUAGAGUUUCUAGCCAGCCAUGUCCUGGGGUGAAUGAUUGGACCUGGGUGAAUAAAGGAUGCUUUGUACUGUGGUCAGAUUUAGAUACCUGAGAGAGGCGACCAAGGAAUGAAGCAAUUCUGUUUGUUUUGAACCAAGAGAGUCUUAAGGAAAAAAAAAAAAGGAUAAAAUAAACCAGAAAUAUUGAGGCAACCUAGGACAUGGUGUUUGAUCUGAAACACAAUGUUCCGUUUUACAGUUUAAUUUCAUUUUUUUUUUCUAAAGUGAGGCUUUUCAAUAAAACCUCCAAAAGGCUCAUUUCAGAAACACCUACAUGAAGUCAACCUCUUUGCUCUGAAAACACUUUGGAAUGAAAGGUUUUGAAGUUCUAAAAAGAGCCUCCUGUAUUAGGCUUGUUGGUUUUGUUUGUUUUUUUGGCAAAAUGUGCUUGUCAAAUUCAGCCCAACUUUGUGAAUGGUUUAUGUCCCUCCAAAAUUAAACUCUGGUCAAAGUUACUGUUCAUUGCACAAAUUCACCCACUGUAUCUAUGAAUCCACCAAGGGCAAAACGGAGUCUGUGAUUCAACCCGGAGCUGUUCCACCUCCUUGGAACCAGGGAGGAGAACCCAGGGCAUUUUCAUGAAGGAAGCAAUUCAGCUCUCAGUAAUCAAAGCCCAGGUCCUGCUUCCUUUCCAAGGGCAUAUGGAGUCCCCUUGAUGCAAGUGGCCCAAAUUCCCAUUGUCUCUAUGAGGAGGUAAAGCACAUCCUACCAAAUGAAGGAAAUAGAAGAUCAUGGGAAGAAAUGACCCAAACCCCUUUUAUUUAUCUGCUUCCAAGAAAAAAUAUGAGCAUGAGACGUGAGGUUACUUUUCAGGCACUUUCUAAUGACUUGGAUGAUCCAACGAAACAAAUGAAAGCAGCCGGGGGUGCGCUCCGCUUCAACACAGCAGAGAAAUAUUUGCCAGUGCAGCAGCUCUGCAAAUGUGUGAGGCUGUUAAGCUCCUAAUCCCAUGUCUUAUUUUUAUGAAUUUUCACACUAGUGGGAUAUAAUGAAUGUUGAUCCCAAAGACAUUAAUUACUCAGGUCCUUUUUUUUGAGAGGAAUUUCGAUGGAGUGUAACGUUUUAAAUUACAAGGUGUGAAAUAAACUCUACAAAACUUACAGCUUUAGUGGAGGAACUCCAAAAUCAAAUAAAAAUGCAAAACCGCUGAUGAAGUCCAAUUUACUGUAAAAUGCCCUGGAUCGUGGUGUUCCAGUAAUUUUUUUCCCCUACAUACUUUGGUUAAAAUAAUUUAUAUCCGCUGCAGUGUUUAUGUACCUUAAGCUUUAUUUAUUAAAGGAUAUGUAUAUUUCAAGCCUGGUUUUAAUGAGACAUGCUGAAAUCUGUAAGGUACAGUGCGACUUUUGUUCUAAUCAGCACUCAAUCUCUUCUCUUUACCUUUCCUGUGUUGAAAACAUUCAUGUUGGAAGGAAAGGGACGUGUGUGUAUGUGGGUGUAUAUAAAUUUGAGAUAUGUAUCAACAUAUGUAUAAAGUAAUGAGCCAAAUUUAUUUCUCUUUUUCUAUCAUCAGGACAAAUAAUUCAUCACUGUUCAGUCUGAACACUUAAAAUCACAGAUGAGUUUUAUCCUUAUUCUUAGAGGAGGACAAUUACUUCCUUUUUUUUUAGGGAAAUUAUUUAUUUGCCAAAAAUUGUGCUUUAGGUUGGCUGAAAAUGUUUGUGAAUUCACAUCAGCUUGACGAACUGUUCUGGAAAAGGAAGAAAAAUAAAUCCAAGUGUUUUGGCUUUGUUUUCUAAUGAAAUGUUUUGAGAUUUCAUUUUGAAACAACACCCUGAAGCUAAAGUUAACAUCAACUAAAAAAUACUUUGGAAGCUUAGAAACUUAAAAUUGUGAAUUAAAUGAGACCUUAGGGAUGUUCCUUGUGGGAGUUGCUUUGAAACUUUCUUCCUGUGUUUUCAUUCUUCCAAGGAAAUGGAAAAUAUUUUUGCACAGAUAGAUGAAUUUGAAAACUAUAAUGUUUAUGGCCAUUUUGGUAUAGCCUUAGGAGUAAGUUAUAAAUAUUCUAUUAGGUUUUAAGAGCUUAAUCAAACUUAAGUUGUAUUUUCAAGACAUUGUAAAAAGCCUGGCUUUUGUUGACACCCCAGGACAAGAUAAAAGGUAUUUAAAUGCUUAAACUUUACUGAUAAUACUGGAAUAUGGAUAUGAAGCUGACUGUGAAAAUGUCCCUUGUCGUGCCUAAACCACUACUGAAAAUAGUACAUAGGUUCCUAAACCCCUUUAAAUGGAUUACAGAGCACAUACAGUAUAUCAUGGGCAAGAAAGUGACUCUCCCUACAAAACAGUUUUUGAUUAAAAUGGAAAACUUCACUUUUGCCAAUCUUUUUUUAAAUU